AUGGCCAACGUUGUGGAGAAGAAGAUCGAAGGUAAGCUUCGUUUAUUGAAGUUUAACAAUGAACAAACAACUAAAAUCGUGAAUUCGGCUGAUCUAAAAGCUAUUGAGAGACAUGUGAGCGUAUUAGAGUCGAUUAUUGAGAAAAUACACGAACUAAAAUUGGAAGUUCAAGAGAUCAAAAUAGAAAGUGGUGAAGAGACCGACAAAGUUAGGGUUUGGUCAGAGACAUUAGAAACGGAACUGCGCCAAUUCGAAACCAUCACCAAGAAUGUCAAACAUGUAGCUAGUGAGAUAAAACGGGAAGAAGGAGAGAGACUUGAUGAAGAAAAGUGUAGGCGAGUUUUAGAGAACAAAAUUGAACUAGAAAAGGCAAAACUGGAAGUUAGAUCUAAGCAUGAAGCAAGUCCCAAGGCCUCAAGUGAUGGGGAGAUGAGAGCUAAGUUACCUAAGCUUGUCAUUAGCAAAUUCCAAGGCACCCAUCUGGAUUGGAUCAGAUUCUGGAAUCAAUAUGAGACUGAAAUUGACAAGUCCAACAUAGCACCGGUAGCCAAACUGUCUUAUUUAAGAGAAUUACUUAUGCCCAAUGCUCGAGUGAUGAUAGAAGGACUUCCUUUCUCGUCUGAAGGGUAUGAGAGAGCAAAGACAGUUUUGAAGACCAAGUAUGGACAAACUAGUGAAGUGACAAAUGCACACAUACAAUGCAUCUUAGGACUACCUAAAAUCCAUGGAACAGAGCCGGCCAGGGUACACAAAUUCUAUGAGACACUUGCAAGUCAUGUUCAAACAUUGGAAACAUUAGGCAAACUCAGGGACAUUGGGGGCUUUGUACGAGGAACUCUGGAUAAGUUACCAGGCAUCAGACUAGAUUUUGUUCGCCUUGAUGAUGAUUGGCAGCAGUGGGGUUUUGCACAACUAGUUGAAUUGCUGAGAAGGUGGUGUGACCGCAAUCCAAUACAUUCAAGUGAUUGCAGAGAUAGUCAUAGUUGCAGUCAUGGUCACUCCUACCAAGCAAAACUUCACCAAGUUCGACGGUGUGCAUAUUGCGAGGGUGAAGAUCACAAACCAGCAGAGUGUAGUAAGGUCACAGAUGUCAAGCAACGUAGGAAGAUUCUUAGCGAAAAGCGACUCUGCUUCAAUUGCACUGGCGGAAGACAUCAAGCAAGGGAUUGUAAGAGCAAGCACACUUGUCAAAAAUGUGGUGGUCAACAUCAUACUUCGAUAUGUGAUACGAAACUUGGCAAAGAACAGAUGUUGGUGGCAACAGGUGAAUCUACAGUAAUUUAUCCAGUGGUAGUGGUGUUGAUUGACGAAAUUAAAUGUAGAGCACUACUAGACUCAGGCUCAGGGAGCUCAUAUGCGUCAUCUUCCUUAAUAAAAAACCUACACAAGAAACCAACUCAUACUGAGCAUAAGCAAAUUGAGAUGAUGGUCUGUUCAACCACCCAAAAGGUCAACAGCUAUGAGGUGAACGUAUCGAGUGUCAAUGAGAAGUUUGAAAUGUCAACAAUGCUGAAUGAAGUAGAUAAAAGUGUACUUCUGACAGUCCCAAACCCUAGAUAUGAAGAGCUUCUGAAGCGAUACAACCAUUUGCAGGGAGUGGUGAUGGACGACAAUGAUCAGAAGAGUGAAUUGCCUGUUCACGUAAUCUUGGGGGCCAGUGAUUAUUCGAGAGUUAAAAUGGAAACGAAACCGAGAAUUGGUCAACCACUGGAACCAAUAGCUGAGUUGACAAUGUUGGGAUGGACGGUGAUGUCUGCUGGCAGUGAGUCUAAAUUGUCAAAUGUUUAUGCAACUAGAACAUCAUCUGCCGAUUACCAAGAGUUAUGUAGCUUGGAUGUGUUGGGUCUGGAAGACCAACAAGAAGGAAAUCAACCAGUCAUUUAUGAGGAGUUCGCAGAACAGCUCACCCAAAAUAAGGACAGUCGUUACGAGACAAGUCUGCUAUGGAAAUCAGGACAUGACCCCUUGCCUACAAAUGAACAUGGAAGCCUAAAACGGUUGGAAAACUUGGUAAGGAAACUAGGAAAAGAUCCAGUCCAGUUAGACAAGUAUGACACCAUCAUUCAGGAACAAUUAGCGGAAGGUAUUGUGGAGAGAGCUGUCAAUGAACCUCAGGGUAGGGAAUUUUAUAUUCCCCAUAAGCCGGUGAUCAAGGAAACCGCUGAAACAACUAAAAUGAGAAUUGUGUUUGAUGCGUCUGCGAGAGAACGUGAGAAAAGCCCGUCUCUGAAUGAUUGUCUGGAGACAGGCCCACCUCUCCAGAACCUCUUAUGGAAUGUCCUGCUCCGAAACCGACUAAAGCCGAUGGCUUUAUCUACCGAUCUGAAAAAAGCAUCCUUACAGGUGCUUAUAAGAGUGGAGGACAGAGACGCCUUACGUUUCCACUGGAUCAAGAACAAGAACCCCAGGGACAUUGAAGUUUUAAGAUUUACACGAGCAUUGUUUGGGUUAGUUCAAUCCCCUUUCUUUUUGGCUGCAAUACUAAAGCAACAUUUGAAUCAGCAAAGAGAGAGAUAUCCAAAAGAGAUAGAAAAGAUAGAAAGAUCCUUGUACGUCGAUGACAUUAUCACUGGUGCAUCCACGGAAGAAGAAGCCCUGAGUUUGAAAGGAACUACCAAGACUGUGUUCGAGAAAGCCGCUUUUGAACUCCAUAAAUGGUAUUCCAAUGAUUCACGACUGGAAAGCGGAGAGGAGAACAAUCAUGUAGAUCAUCAACAGAGCUAUGCCAAAGAUCAGCUGGGAGUUCUGCAAGGAGAGACAAAAUUGUUAGGAUUACCAUGGAACAAACAUAACGAUACGCUUGGUGUUACUUUCCCAAAUAAGCCUGAUGAGAAUACAAAGAGAGAGAUUUUAAGAUUCCUAGCAUCAGUUUAUGAUCCCCUUGGGUUUGUAUCUCCUGUUACCUUAUUGGGGAAGAUCGUAUUUCGUGAGGUUUGCAACAAACACCUCCCAUGGGAUGAAAAACUGUCUGACAAUCUUGGACAGCAGUGGCUGAAGUUCCUGCGCUGCCUUCCAGAGAAGGUUCUUUGGGCAAGAAGUAUCCCGAGAUACAGAGAACCCUUAGAAAUCGUGGAGUUACACACUUUCAGCGAUGCCAGUGGGUCUGGUAUUUCAGCAGCAGUAUAUGCGGUAGUGAAGCAACCAUCAGGUGUAAGUGUCGGAUUGGUGGCGGCAAAAUCGCGAUUGGCCAAAAGGAGCCUUACAAUCCCAAGGCUGGAAUUGGUAUCGGGACACAUGGCCGCGAACUUGGUGGACAAUGUACGAACCACACUCUUGGGGUACCCAGUGAGAGCAGUAUUUGGAUGGCUAGACAGCCUAGUCGCCCUGCAUUGGAUUAAGGGAGGCGGAACAUACAAACAAUUCGUUUCCAACAGGGUGAGAAAAAUCAACGAGAAAGAUUACAUUAUGUGGCAACAUGUUGGUACUGACGAUAACCCAGCUGAUCGAGGGAGUCGAGGAUGCGAAGCAAAUCAUUUAACUGGUGAAUGGCUCAACGGACCUCAUUGGUUGGCUGAUUCUGUGAUGAGUUAUAAUACAAGGGACUUACCCUGUAUAUUUACCGCCUAA